CUGCGUUUUGCAGUGGACGACAAGAAAGUGGAGUUCACUUCGCCGCCAAGCCGUUCGAAACAUGAGGCGAAGGAGUAUGCUGCGCAUGAAUUGUUGAGGUCUCACUUUGACAUUGAUCCUCCAGCGGUCGCUGCGGAACGACCUCCAGUAGUAGAACAGCCGGUACCUCCGUGUCAGAAAUUGCACGUGCUGCUUGCAAAACAGAACAGAUCGGUGACUCCGAACAUCAAGUACGAGGACCUGGGUCUUGCUGACGAUACAGUGAAUCAAAUGGGAACAAUUUUCAAAAGCAAACUCAUCAUAAAUGACAAGGAAGAGUUUAUUGGUAGCGGAAAGUCGAAGAAAGCAGCUAAAAAUGAUGCCGCUAUGAUGGCUUUGAAAAAGAUCUUUAUGUUUGAUUAUAAUAAUCCGGAAUCGGAACCAGUAAUAGAAACACCUCCAAGAGCUAGGAGGACCGCAAAGAACGGCAGCUCACAAUUGUGUUUUGAUGUAAGUUUCCGGAAAUCUUUAAUGUUGUUAUGGAAUUAUGAAGUAGAUCAGCUCACAUUUAUGGCGAGCAAAAUUAUUAUCGAACUCAUCUUACGCUUUUAUCAUUUCUCAAAUAGACUACCUGACAAUUUUUGA